GUUGUCUGUAGGAUACAGGCCUAUUGAUUUCAGUCUGCCUAUUACUCCUGCUAUUCCCUCCCUCCCCCUUCCUCCCCUCCUCUCCUCUCCCAUCGCACUCACGCUUCCCACCUCCCCUCCUUCUCUCUCUCGUCUCUUCCUUGGACUGCAGCAGAGAAAAACCGCUGCAUCGCACACAAGACAAGAAAGAAGAAAUCUCCGGCGCGAUGCUUUUCCUCCCUGUUGCUGUUUAAAAAAGAGGCAGAGAGGAGACUCACCGGAGGCUCGGCAUGAUGCACCCAUGGUUCCUCUCAGUACGCUGCUGAUGGUCUCUUCUGCUGAGCUCUGACAGGACUGAGGAUCUGUCCAAUUUGAGAUCAACCGUCUCCAUUUCAGCAAAGUCUGGCCACUCCCGUUCCCAAUGGAACUAGACGUCAUUACUUAAUCAUUACUUUCCUGGCAGCGGAGUGACUUUUCAGCACCAAUAAACCGUCUUAAGUCUUGAUUUUACUGGGAAUAGAAGACCAUAAAGAAAGAACAUUGGGUAGGUUUGUCGGAGUAAAAGCUCAAGAGGGUUGAGUUAAGAGACUUUUAGUGCCUGAUCUCUUUGUGCCAAGAUGGAUGAAACACAAAACAACAGGACUUCCUUGGCUAAAAGCGCCAAGGACAUCGCUAAAGAAGCCAAGAGACAUGCCUCCAAAAACUUAAGCAAAGCUGUCGAUCGCGCCUCGGACGAAUACUCGACUCAACGCAGCUACAACCGCUUCCAGAACGAGGACGAAGACGAGAACAACUACAAUUCUUACAAUGAGCGAGACGGUCACUACGCCGGCAACGCCGCCAACGACGAGGACGGGGCCUCCAGCGACGCCACGGAAGGCCACGACGACGAAGACGAGAUCUACGAGGGGGAGUACCAAGGCGUGCCGGCCUACAGCGACGGGAAGGCGCAGGUGGCUCUGGGCCAGCCGGUUUCCGACAGCCUGAAGAGCCACAAGGAGCUGGAGAACGAGAGGCAGUCGGACGAGGAGGAGCUCGCUCAGCAGUACGAGCUGAUCAUGCAGGAGUGCGGACACGGCAGGUUCCAGUGGCAGCUGUUCUUCGUGCUCGGCUUGGCGCUCAUGUCGGAUGGCGUGGAGGUGUUCGUGGUGGGCUUCGUCCUGCCCAGUGCUGAGACGGAUAUGUGCGUCCCCAACUCUGGAGCUGGAUGGCUUGGCAGCAUCGUGUAUCUGGGGAUGAUGUUCGGGGCCUUUUUUUGGGGCGGCCUGUCGGACAGGGUGGGCCGUAAACAGUGCCUGCUGAUCUCCAUGUCUGUCAACGGCUUCUUCUCCUUCCUCUCCUCCUUUGUCCAAGGCUACAGCAUGUUCCUCUUAUGCCGCAUGGUGUCUGGCUUUGGGAUCGGUGGAGCCGUACCGAUCGUGUUCUCGUACUUUGCGGAGGUUUUGGCUCGGGAGAAGAGAGGAGAGCAUCUGAGCUGGCUCUGCAUGUUCUGGAUGAUCGGAGGAAUCUACGCCUCAGCCAUGGCCUGGGCCAUUAUACCUCACUAUGGCUGGAGUUUCAGCAUGGGCUCGGCCUACCAGUUCCACAGCUGGAGAGUGUUUGUGGUGGUGUGUGCGCUGCCGUGUGUGUCUGCUGUGGUCGCUCUCACUUUUAUGCCUGAGAGCCCCCGUUUCUACCUGGAGGUAAGAGAGAGAGAGACGCAGAGUGUCCCAGGAGUGAAGCCUGAGCGGUAUGAGGAGGGUUUGAAAGUCAAGCACUGCGCCCUCUCCCUGGUGGGUGAGCCAAUCAUGUAUCCUGAAAUCAACACCUUCAUCCGCCUCCUCCACUCCCACAAUAUCUCCAGUUUCCUGGUCACCAACGCACAGUUCCCACAGGAAAUCAGGACUCUGGUGCCGGUCACUCAGCUGUAUGUCAGUGUGGAUGCGAGCACUAAAGACAGCCUGAAGAAGAUCGACCGUCCACUGUUCAAAGACUUCUGGCCUCGCUUCCUGGACAGCCUCCGGGCGCUGGGGGAGAAGGUAGGCAGAGCUGGUUUU